ACACCUAAAGUUCAUUUUGCCUGAUUGCUUUAACUAACAGCAACUGUUUCUUGCCUGAAGAUUCAAUCAUUUAAUGAUUACAGCCAUGUUCUGAUGUAAUGUCUUGUUUCAGUGCUGCAGGCCUAAAUGGGCAAAGUUUUACAUUAAUUUCAACCAUACUAAAAGCUGGAGGGGAGUCUUUUGGGUCGGAUUGCGGUUCCAAAUUUUCAAAAUAUGUCUUAAUUUCACCUAUAAGUCGUGACUGUUAAAUAUAUUGUUUGACAAAAAAAAAAAAAAACAGGCCUUAACAUUUCCAGGAAGACUGGAAAAGGGAACAAAAACAACAACAUUUUACUGCGUUUAACAAGGCCCAGCUGAGUUUAGGGGGUGUGAGAAUGGUUACCAUAUUUUACACGUGCUUUGAGCUCCUGUGAGCCUGAGUUGUUUGAACAGCUGAUGAGGUGGUCUUAUACUUGAUGUAUAAAAGCGGCUCUGACUCUGGCAGUGCCUUUGCAUAUCAUCCUCCAGCAUACACGAUGCAAGCCUUUCAGACUGUUUUCAUUUUGGCUUUAGGCCUCUCUGUGGCCCUUUCCUUGGAAUACAGAGCACUCAACCAGUUCAGGAGGAUGAUCCUGUGUACGAUGCCCGACAGCUGGCCUACACUUGACUACUCGGACUACGGCUGCUACUGUGGCUGGGGAGGAUCGGGGACUCCUGUUGAUGAUCUGGAUAGGUGCUGCCAGGUCCAUGACCAGUGUUACAGUGAUGCUAUGCUGCACCCUGACUGCUGGCCCAUUUUGGACAACCCUUAUACUGAAUUGUACCACUACAAAUGUGACAAGAAAAACAGAAAGAUCACCUGCACACACAGAAAUGAUGAAUGUGAGAUGUUCAUCUGCGAGUGCGACAGGAAAGCUGCAGAGUGUUUCAGCAGGUCAGCGUGGAUCCCUGAGCACGAGCACCUCCCCAGCGACCAGUGUCAGUGAAGUCCUCCACAAACAACUACAUAAAAUGAAGAAUUUAUGCUUUUACGUGCUCGCCAAGUUGUUUGCCUAUAAAAGUAACGGAUCGAUUAUAAGAUUAUUUAUACAAGUUUCAUGAUUGAAAAAUGAAUUUGUAACCAUCUUCUAACUAUCAUGCAGUGCAUGUGCUAAAUUCCCCUUUUGAUCUUUGUAUAUUUUGUUGUAUCCUGAAUGUAACCCUCAGAUUAAACAUUUUACAAACAGAUAGCACUGUUUUACAUUUGGCAACAGUUUUACAACAACCAUUCUCAAGGUUUAAAUCAAUCAAAAACAAAGACCUGGAAGUGAAAGUAUAGACAGUGUUUGCAUCGGACCAGAUAUCAGGCUCUACAAUGUUGUUUGAAUUAUGAAAGAUUUAUGAAACUCAUGCUCUACCAAAAAAAAGAGAUAAGUCAUCCGUCUGGAGUCUUUUCAUCCUCAGUAUAAAACGCGCACAUUAUUUGUGUGUCUGUCCUCAAAAGGGAAUUCCAUUUUGUGACAGUUACCAAGCCCCAGCAACACUUAACAUAACCUAAACAAAAGCCACCACCUACCAGGUUAAGUUCACACGGACUGUUUUAUGGUGAUUAACAUACACAUGGAUUUUUGAACUGAAAAAAAAAACCAGCUAACCAGGUUAGUCAGGUUCAAGUAAAUAACCUUAGUAAGGUGUGACAUAAUCUAGAGCGGCCUAGAAUUAUUAAAGUGAACAUUUCCCUUUUGUACAAGUUCCUUACGCGCAAACACCAGCGAUAAAACCUGCUUCCCAGGGCCUGUGUUAUAACAUAAAACAUUUUUAUUUCUCAAAAUAAUAAAUAAAAUAAAUAAAUAAACAAAAAUAUUUAAGGCAAAUAUUUGA